UUGGCGAAAGACCAACGAAUGGCAACAACGUCACAAUCGCGGCGCAGUUCUUGACAGUAUCGUCAAGCGGAAGGAGCUCAUUGGCCAGUUUAGUAAUACAAACGAAGAAGACACAGUUUGUUGCUUCGUAAGCUCAAUUAAACAAAUCUUCCAUACGCUUUCGAUCGCGGAAUCAGCUCAGGGCGGUGUAAAUCUGUGAUAUCUUUCAUCUGUCGAUUAGAAAUGGCCGGUUUGAUCCAGCGACACGGUGCCAUUGUAGUGCGGCGAUUUCUCACUAUUAAGAAAAGUAUUACUCAAAAUCCAUUAACCGCUGGCCGUUUCCACACGGGCAGCCAGCUGAACAAGCUAGUCUCCUUCAACCUGUCCGACAUCGGGGAAGGCAUCCGCGAGGUAACCGUCAAGGAGUGGUUCGUCGCCGUUGGUGACACCGUGGAGCAGUUCGACAAUCUGUGCGAAGUGCAAAGCGACAAGGCUUCGGUCACCAUAACCAGCCGUUACGAAGGAAAGAUCGUUAAGUUGCACCGGCAGGUGGACCAAAUUGCGCUGGUUGGCAGUCCGUUGCUGGAUUUCGAUGUUGAAGAUGCGCAGGACAGUGAUGAAAGCAGCAGUAGCAGUUCCGGUUCCGAUGAAGAAGUACAGGAGCAAGCGGUGGCAAGCGUAGCCGGAGGACAUGGUGUGAAGGUAGCUCUAGCUCCCUGUGGAAAAGUCCUUGCGACGCCGGCCGUUCGUAGGAUAGCUAUGGAGCAUAAGGUCGACUUACAUCGGGUAAAACCUAGCGGUCGUAACGGGCGUGUACUGAAGGGAGACGUUCUCGAGUAUCUGAACAUCAUUCCGGAAGGAACGGUUAAACCUCAUCCCACGUUGCAGCGGACAUCACAAACUCCUAGCGCAGUGGGAGCAGACUUACGCCAACAGGAAAUCGUUGUGCCAAUCAAAGGAGUUGCUAAGAUCAUGGUCAAGUCUAUGACUGAAUGCCUAAAAAUACCUCAUUUUGCAUACAGCGACGAGCUUGACGUUUCCAGAUUGGUCAAAAUCCGAGAGGAUCUCAAAUCCGAAGCUCAAACCCAAGGAAUUAAGCUAACCUAUAUGCCAUUCUUCUUGAAAGCAGCCUCCAAGGCACUCAAGCAGUUCCCCAUUUUGAACAGCACCUUCGACGCAACGAACGAAUGUCUCAUCUACAAGCCGUACCACAACAUCAGCAUCGCAAUGGACACUCCCCAAGGACUGGUGGUUCCGAACGUAAAAAAUGUGGAAAGCAAAUCUAUCCUGGAAAUCGCAUCCGAUCUCAACUCCCUGCAGGAACGAGGCGCCAAAGGUUCUCUGACGCCAAAUGAUUUCGCUAACGGCACCUUCUCUUUGUCCAACAUUGGAAUGGUCGGUGGAACCUACACCCACCCGUGUAUUCUAGCACCGCAGGUUGCAAUCGGAGCGAUCGGCCAAACCCGUUUGCUGCCUCGAUUCGACGCUUCCGGACAGGUAAUCGCCGCACACAUCAUGGCUGUCAGUUGGUCGGCCGAUCAUCGUGUCAUCGAUGGCGUUACCAUGGCGAGCUUUUCGAACGCGUGGAAGAAACUGCUUGAAAAUCCGCACCUGUUUUUGUUAGAUGCAAAGUAGGCGCUGCCCGUCAACUGUCAUCAGCAUGCUCAGACGCAGAGACAGGAAACGAUUGCAUUUAUAAGUGAUUCUUCAAAACCGUAUCUACAGGAAAUGAAACCAAUAAUGCAUUUAUAGAGUACUUUUUGUUUUGUAGGAGAUUGACACUUGUUUAGUUUAGGAUUGAACCGUUACCACACGUUAGACGUAAAACGUUUCGCUGAACAACGGUGUGUAAAUAAUAGGAAAUAAAUUAACUUCAUAAAAAGUUUAAUUGGUAUGACUAAA